AUGGCGACCCAAACAACCACAACUAAGUCCAUCUUCGCUGGCAGCGCGGGCACGAACAUUCAAUCCGCACCUCUGCGCACCACGCCGCAACCUCGAAUCCGUGGAUACAAAGACUUCCUCACUCCCGCCCUCCAUCGCCGCUUCACUCAAGCUGCCGGCUCCGUCCUCCUCCUCUGUCUGGUAGACAGCACGCUCCUCUCCACAAGCAGCAGCUAUCUGUGGAGAUGGUUUCCAUUUGGACCAGCGGGCAUUCGCGCCCUGCUACUCUUCAUACCAUGCCUGGCUGUGUUCAUUGUGCGCGUGGCCAGCAUGCACAUUGGAAAGCGCACCGCGAACAGUCGCGCCGAGACCAUAUACGCUCAGCUGUUUAGUGGCAGGGCGCUACAUACCUUGAUCUGGUACAUCUUCAGUGCGUGGUGGUUUGGAGAAGUGUACAUCUGGAACAGUCGCGACAGUGCGGCGUUGAUGAUGGUGGAUCCUGGAAGACCAUACGAGCGACCUGAGCUCAAUGAGAACCCGAUCUUCAUCAGAAGCUCGUUCUUGGUGCUGGGAGUGCUGCGCUGUGGGUGGCAUCUGCUGGCCGACUACGACAGAGUGGCAAUACCCACCGGCAAAGAAGAGGAGGAGCCAAAGCCGAACUUCAUAACAUCGACACUUGGGAUACAACCGGCCACAAUUGCAUGGCUGCCGCGUCCGUUCGGGGCUCUGUUGGAGCGGAUUGGCAUCAUGGCGAAUACAUGUGGGCAGACAGUGGCCAUUGGAUGGCUGGCCAACAUGAUACUCUACUUUCUCGUUUUCCGCUAUCCAGCCUGGAGAUGGACCUACAGCUUCGUCAGUCCAUUCUUCAGCCAGAUGCAGCCAUCGACAAGACCGCGCGGCUUUACGCAUGCUCCAACGGUCGUGUGGCAGUCCGUAUCCUCAGCAUUCAUGCUGUGCAUACUCUGGGAGUACAGCAACACCGUGUUCGAUUCGUUUGUCACGCAGGCGCCUACGAAAAAGGGCGAGCCUCUGACCAGUGAGAUCAAGGACGCCCGAGGUGUAAUUCUGCACAAGAGCGCGGAUCCAAAUGGUAGCUUGCUCAACGGUCUCAACGCGAAGAAGGAAGUCAACAAAGCGUUUGCGUUGUGGGAGCUUUACCUCAUCUGUACCAGGUACGACAAGCGACGUAAGACUAUCUAUACUGAAGUCGAUCGCAAGGACGGCAGUACUUGGUCAAAAGUCUGCGAGUACACUUUGAAAGAAGCUACCUCGAUCAGAGACCGUAUUAAAGCUGCAACGGACCCCGGCGAGUACAAGUCUAAGCAAGCGGAGCUCGCAGCCCAAAAUGAGCAGAAAAAGGACCUCAUCCCGGUGGAGAGGCAGCAUCUCGGUCUGAGGAAGAUUGCGGACCAAGGUGUGCAAAACGAUGCAGAUGUCUUCGUCAAGCGGAAGGGUGAUUUCGUGCAUCAAGUUGGUGAGCUCGCCAAGUCUGUUGGUCAGUCACCUGGCAGUGAUCCGGCGAAGAUGGCCUGGGACUGGAGUAAGAAGAAUGUCCUCACGCAGGACCAGCUCAAGCACUUGCAGGAGACGCCGGAGCAGAUCAGACAGGCUUCUAACGGCUACCUGUCGAAUAUGCUUCGCACACCUGCAGGUGAACCCUUCCGACUGACCUUCGCGAGGAGAGCGAGUGUGGUUAUUUUGGGGACGCCAACGUCAGGGAAGACGAACGUCAUACAUGCCAUAAAGUCACUGAGCAGAUUGGCAGUGUGCAGCUUGAAAGAAGACGACUACGGCUCCGUGCAAAGAGAUGUGGCCAGGAUCAUUCGAACUCUGACCGAGACUAUCCAAUUGAUUGAGAACUUCGUGGGGACUGUGGAGCCUCACUGGACGGAUGUGUCCUACUUCGAGAAGGAACGCUAUGCGCAAGUUAAGCGGCUCCAAGCUGAGGCCUGUGAGCGGGAGGCCAAGACGAAGGAGCGAGAACAUAGAAGAGCCGAGGCUGAUGCGUUGAAGAACGAUGCAGUGACACUUAAGAGGCAAGCCGCAUCGCUCCUCGUAUCGAGGCGCAAUAUCGGAGAAGCGCAGGAAGUGCUCGACGCUUUGAAGGGCAGUCUAGAGGAGAUCAUGCUGGCCUUUGCGGAAUAUGCGGGUACCCUGGGCCUGAGCAAGAAAGAGGUCAGGGAGGCGAGAGAACUUUUCUGGCGCGGCGCUGGUGGUCUUGAAAAGGGAAUAGGAUGGGGUUAA